GUAAAAACAUCCACUUAGGUAAAGAUGAAAAACCCAGAAGUAACAAUAGGGCGUCUGGGAAGAAAAAAACAGUGAGGGGUGCUUUUUAUUUGCUCACCUGCUUAACGUUCCAGCCAGUAACUCGGAAACACCUGGGAACCAGCAGUUUAUUUAUUGCAGCAAUCCAGAAGCUCCCAUGCCCUUCUACACUGUGCGCUUUGUCUGAGCGUGACGUGACCUCGAGGCUGCUGUUGAUCAGAGCCAGUCUGCCACUAGACGGGCGAGGCAGGCUGGCUCUGAAGGCAGAGAGAGAUACAGCGAGCUCCUGCACAGUCGCACGCAGACACACACAGCUACCAGAGCCACCAUGAAGCUCACCUUCCUCUUCCUCGCCUCUGUGCUGAUCUGCUUCGCCGAACUCGGCUCAUCUGAGCAGCAGCCCGGACAGCUGAAGGAGCCCCAGUGCGAGAGGUACACCGAGCCGGCGUGCUCCCGGGAGUUCGACCCGGUGUGCGGCAGCGAUGGAAAGACGUACGCCACCGAGUGCGUGCUCUGCGCCGAGAACAAGAUCAGAAACACGGACAUCCAAAUCCAAUACAAAGGGGAGUGUGGGGUGCCCCCUGCCUGAGAAGUGGGCCUGAAGUCCCACCCAAUCAGCAAGGCCGUGGAAUUAGCUGCAGGAGCUGCUCCAAAUAAAAUAAUUUAGCAUGC